CCCUCCCUGUGUCUCCCUGGGGUGGGUGAGAGCCCCCAGAGCUCUGCUGCUGUCUCCAUCAGGACAGAUGGCUAUUGGUGGAGUCCCUGGCUCUACCCAGAUUCUGGAGAUCCCCCAAUUGCUAUUUGAAAUUAAACACAUAAGAAGAAUCCCAGAACUGCAAAAUAAGGGCAUGGGAGCAUGACAGUUCUCUAAUGAGUUUAAGUCUCUAAAGUAAAAAAUGUGAAUUGCACUAUGAAAAGUGUGAAAAUAAUUGUCUUUAUUUUUUCUUUCCUGGAUUUACUGGUACUUCUAUUUCACAAAUAUUUAUAAGGCACUGAGUACAUGUUAGGUGCUACUCUGUGUACAAAGCAGACAGUCUCUUUCUUUACAGAGCUUACAUUCUGGCAGGGACAGUGAGUACCUGUCCUGUACCAGAACCGCGUACAGUCUAUGUCUGUUAGAGGAGUGGAGAGCAUGGGACAAGGACGUAGAGCAGGAGGGCCAGUCAGGGCUGCAGGAUGGCAAGUGGGCAGCAGCAGUGCUCAUAAGGUGGUCACUGUAUGUAGUGAGAUGGGAACAAAUACAUGGAAGAGGUGGGAAGAGCCUGUCUGGAUCCCAUGGGAAGAGGUUCUCCACAGUGAGGAGCAGCCAGACAAAGCUGGCAGAGUGCCUCGGUGUUCAAGGAGCAGAGGAGAGGAGUUUAUGGUGAUUGGCCCCUCCAAACCCAUUGUGGCAGUGCUGGGUGCGGACGUCACACUGCCAUGUCUUGUGUCCCCGGCCAUGGAUGUGGGAAUAUGGAGCUGCGGUGGGUUCCGCUCCAAGUUCUCAGAAGCAGUGUUCAUCUAUCAAAACCAGCGGGAGCAGAGAGAAGAGCAGUUGGCUCAGUACAGAGGGCGAACCUCACUGGUGAAGGAUUUCCUCUUCCAGGGGGAGGCUGCAGUGCGCAUCCACAACGUCCAGGCUUUUGACAAUGGGCUGUAUACCUGCUUCUUCCGAAUGGGAAUCUUCCAUGAAGAGGCCAGUGUGGAACUCAAGGUGGCAGGUGUGGGCUCUGCCCCUCAAGUGCACAUCACAGGGCCAGAGGAGGACGGGGUCCGAGUUGUGUGCAUGGCCUCGGGGUGGUUCCCAAAGCCCCAAGUGCAGUGGAGAGCUCUCAGUGGAGAGAAGUUCCUGAUGUUCUCUGAGACCCAAGCCCAAGACGGUGAAGGGCUGUUCACCAUAGAGACCACUCUUGUGGUGAGGGACAGCUCUUCAGGGAAUGUGACCUGCUCAGUCCUCAACCCCAUCCUGGGCCAGGAGAAGGCAAUGGCCAUUUUCAUCCCAGAACCUUUCUUCCCUCAGAGUUCUCCCUGGAAGCCAGUUUUCAUGGUGAUCCUGACUGUUCUGAUGCUCCCAAUCCUUGGGGCUGCAUUUUACAUCAUGAGAGAACAUACUGCAAAGCUCCAGGAGACACAGGAAUGGAAGAAAUUGCACAGAGACAAGGAGGAGAUCCAGCAGAUAAAGGAGGAGGCACUGAAGGCCAGAGAUGAACUCCAAGCAGAUCUUGAUUGGAGGAAAUCUGUUUACCUGGUUGCCUUGAAGAAGGCUAAACUGUAUGCAGAUUGGCGGAAGGAGAAGUUUCAGGCCUUGUCUGUCAGUCUGGAUCCAGAGUCUGCCCAUUCCAGCCUUGAUGUCUCUGAUGACAAGACUACUGUGACCUUGAAGGACUCAACCAAAUACACAGAAUUUGGGUUCUAUAGCAUCUUGGGUCAUGAAGGCAUCACAUCAGGGUGCUGUUACUGGGAGGUGGAGAUCAGGAAUGCAGAUAGAAGUCAGUGGGCCCUGGGGGUCUGUAGGAGAGAUGUGGAGAGGAAAGGCUGGUACCAGGAAUGCCCAAGAAAGGGGUUCUGGGUUGUGGGGAUGUAUGGAUAUACAUUCUCUUCCCUCCCUGAUAAUUCAGAACUCCUUGUGCCAAUUCCCCAGAGGGUAGGGGUUUUCCUGGACCUGAAGGAAGGGGAUGUCUCAUUCUACAACAUGACUGAUGGUUCCCACCUUUUCUCCUUCCCUCUUGCUUCCUCCUCUGGGACUCUGUUUCCAUACUUCAGGUUGAGGUCAGGAGAUGUGUCCCUGACCAUCUGCUCUGGGGUGGGUGGGCCUGUGCAGACCUCUGUACCUGUUAACAACCCUCCUUGUUCUUCAGAGGAUCCUGCGAGCCUCUCAAGACAGGGGUUCAGUUCAGGCUGUGGUGUUGAUGGUGAUCUCCCAGAGGCUGAAUCUCCAUUACUCCCCUGUGGUCCUGAAGCUAUGUCCCCAUAAUGCUUCAACCCUGUCCCAGAUUCCUCAUUGUGGCUCCUCCUGGAGCUGCGCAUUCCCAGGGGUAAUAGCCUUUGAAGUUAGUCCUG